AUGAAUGAAAUCCGAUCGGAUCCUCUUCUUCAUCAUGAUGAGGAAGAAGAUGAGCAUGAAAAACUUCAACUCAUUCAUGAGGCAGUGAUCGAGAAACGGUUUUACUUCUUUGGCUUGUUCUUGGGAAUUAAUUUAAUUUUCAUGUUCGUGUAUGUGAGCGAGACAUGGAUGCGAUUGAACUAUUUUGCAUUGGUGAUGAUAGAUAUUUUGAUGAAUGCAAUCAUAACCAAGUACUUGUUAAGACUUUCAUCUCUCACGCAACGCGAUGUUGUAAAUUGGUGGCGAUUUGUUUUGUUGAGCGCUUUGAGGGUUUUGGUGCAAACAUAUUUAGGUUCUCAAGUUCCAUAUUAUAUAUUGUACUAUUUUUCACUCUUUGGAGCUGCCAACACGUAUUACUGUAAGAGGUGGAUGGUUAUUGUGCAUGCUUGUUCGUUAUUCGCUAGCUCUCUGAUUGGACAAGUUGUGGUCAAUCAUACGACUCUUCGUGCUGUGGAACAUGGCGUCUUCUUAACUCGAAUUCAUGUAGAAAAACAGACACCUUUCAUCUCCGGAUUUCAUCCAUCGACUUUUACGCUAUGGAGCGACACCAUUAACAUUUUGUUGGUGGAGAUAGUACUCACCUUGUCUUGUCUAAUUUUCUCGCAAGUGAUAGAGUUGCAAUUUGAAGCAAAUGUAAAAUACAAGUAUCAAGUGCAGGUACAAAAAGCAUUGAAUUAUUCCAAGUCUAAAUUCAUUGGGAAUUUGAGUCAUGAGAUGAGAAAUCCUCUUCAUGGCAUCAUUAACAAUACAGACUUGUUGAAAAUGGAAACUGAGAGAAUUGUAGAAAUGGUGAGCUCAGAUAUGGAAAAAAAUAAGGAGAACAUUGCUAGAGCAAAUUUAUCUAAUUUGGAACUCAUUGAGGACGUGAUCACUGGAUCACAAAUGUUGUUGAGAUUACUUUCCAACUCUCUUCAGGUCACCAACUUGGAAUUAGGAAACAUCAAGCUCAACUAUCAACCUUUUAACGUUUUUGAGUCACUGGAAUCCAUUAUCUCAGUUUUCUUCUCAAUUGCAAAUAAGAAGGGGCUUUCAAUUCAAUCUUGCUUCAACUUUUCAAAGGUUCCUUUUUAUGUUAAUGGAGACAAUGUAAAGAUAUCACAAAUUUUGAUGAAUUUAGUAUCAAAUUCAGUGAAAUAUACAACAACAGGAUUUGUCACUCUCAAAUGUGAUGUUUGUGAUAAGAGUGAUAUGGACUAUCCAUUCCAUGGAAAACCUGAUGAUGAAAAGUUCACUAUUUCUGGUUUUGACAACCUCACAUUGAAGGAUAUCGUAGUUUUAAAAUAUGAAUGUAUUGACACAGGAGCAGGAAUGAAAAAUAUUGAUAAUUCCAACAACAUUCAAAGUUGUUCAGCUCAUAGCUCUCAAGAGUUUGAUCAUUAUUUUAACCAAUCAAAUACGCAAGUUAAUUCUACUUUCAAUGACAGCAAUGGACUUGGGUUGAACAUUUCAAAGAACAUUAUUGAUCUCAUGAAAGGACAAAUGUAUGUGAAAAGCGCAAUUGGAAAAGGUACUAUUGUCACUGUUUACUUACCAGUGGUCAAAUGUAGCAAUGGAACUGAAUGUCAAGACAUUAAGAACCGAAUUGAAACUCUCAAAGACUCUAACAAGUGGAGAUUUCCUCUCAGUCAAGUCAUGAUUUAUGAUCCUCAUCAAAAUAUUAGAGAUUUAUUGGAAGAUUAUUGCAAGCAACUCUUUCCUGAUUGUUCAGCACAGAUAUUUUCCAAUGACAAGGACUUUAAAGGUAUUCUUAGCAAUUACAUUCACACUGCUACUUCCAAUACUUUACAAAAUACUCUCCUUAUUUAUCCUCAAGAAUUUGAAUCAUUAGAUGGCAAUUCCUUACAUUACUUGAUGAAGACAGAAACCAAUAUACUGUUACCGCUUUCAGAACGAGGACAAUUCUCUUCAAUUGUGAACAGGUGCAAGCAUUUCACACGUCCCAUCAAACUGAAAAAUUUUGUUGAAAUCUUAUAUUCAUCCUUAAUUGACCAUCAUGACACAAGAAGCACAACAACCAAUUCUAUUUCCAUUGAAGCACUGACAUCACCACUACGCUCAACUUCUUCCAACAUCUACUCUUCUCGAAAUAUUAAGGUUCUUGUAGUUGACGAUAAUGAAGUGAAUCGAAAAGUUCUCACCAGAAUGAUGACACUUCUUGGAUUUUCUGUCAUGACAGCCUCCGAUGGACUCCAUGCAUUAGAAAUGGUGAAAAAGAAUCCACACGAAUUCCAAGUCAUUUUGAUGGAUUUAUUCAUGCCUCUUCUCUCUGGCAAAGAAUGUUGCAAACUCAUUCGUGAACUCAACAUUUCAAAUCUCAAAAUUGUUGCCGUCACAGCCAACGUUUGGGAAAAUGAAGAGAGUUUGAAACCAAAAUUUGGUUUUGAUGCUGUCGUUCAUAAGCCCAUCAUGAUGAAACAACUUGAAGAACAAAUGACUGUGUUGUUAGAUUGUGCAGCAGAAGUCAACAACAAGAACAACGAUCCUGGUACUUCUCAUGGAUCUCCAUCCCAACAAUAUUCUGAUCAGCAAUCGAAGGAUCUUCAUCCAUUCGAUUAUGAUGGACAUGGUAUUUGA